CAUUAAGCGGAGCAGACCAAAAUCCCAAACAAGGAAAUGGUGGGGGAAUAAAACGACCAGAAUAUUUAAUUAAUGCAUGUAAUAAUUAAAUUUUUAUUUUAUUGUAAAUUAAGACGUAUUUAUGGGUUGAAAUGGAUUACGACUUCAAAACAAAGCUGGCGGCCGAGAGAGAGAGAGUAGAAGAUCUGUUCGAAUAUGAAGGUUGCAAAGUGGGUCGAGGCACCUACGGGCACGUUUAUAAAGCUAAACGCAAAGACGGGAAAGAUGAGAAGGAGUAUGCACUGAAACAAAUAGAAGGCACUGGAAUAUCGAUGUCUGCCUGUAGGGAAAUCGCUCUGCUACGAGAACUGAAACACCCGAAUGUGAUUGCCCUGCAGAAAGUGUUCCUGUCCCACAGUGACAGAAAGGUGUGGCUCCUUUUCGACUAUGCCGAACAUGACCUUUGGCACAUCAUCAAGUUCCACCGCGCCUCUAAGGCCAACAAGAAGCCCAUGCAGCUGCCCCGAGGGAUGGUGAAGUCUCUUCUGUAUCAGAUUCUGGAUGGGAUCCAUUACCUCCAUGCCAACUGGGUGCUCCACAGGGAUCUGAAACCAGCCAACAUCCUGGUGAUGGGAGAAGGUCCUGAACGAGGACGAGUUAAAAUCGCUGACAUGGGUUUCGCCAGACUCUUCAACUCCCCCCUCAAGCCGCUGGCAGACCUCGACCCUGUGGUGGUCACCUUCUGGUACAGGGCCCCUGAGCUGCUGCUGGGGGCCCGGCACUACACCAAAGCUAUCGAUAUCUGGGCAAUUGGCUGCAUCUUUGCGGAGCUGCUAACGUCCGAGCCCAUCUUCCACUGUCGCCAGGAAGACAUCAAAACCAGUAACCCUUUCCAUCAUGACCAGCUGGACAGGAUAUUCAGCGUCAUGGGUUUCCCCGCAGAUAAGGACUGGGAAGACAUUAGGAAGAUGCCAGAGUAUCCAACACUGCAGAAAGACUUCAGGAGGACAACGUAUGCAAACAGCAGCUUAAUCAAAUACAUGGAGAAGCAUAAAGUGAAACCAGACAGCAAAGUGUUUCUGUUGCUCCAGAAACUCCUCACCAUGGACCCCACCAAAAGAAUCACAUCAGAGCAGGCGCUGCAGGACCCCUACUUCCUGGAGGAGCCGUUGCCAACCACCGAUGUGUUUGCUGGGUGUCAGAUCCCCUACCCAAAACGAGAGUUUCUAAAUGAAGACGAGCCAGAGGAGAAAACCGAAAAGAACCAGACCCAGCAGCACCAGCAGACCACAGGUCAGACUCAGGCCCAGAACCAGCAGCAGACUGCAGCCCAGCAGGCUCCGUCCCAGCAGAACUUGACCCAAACCAACGGCACUGCGGGAGCCGCGGGGGCCACCGCCGGCGGGGGUUUACAACACGGCCAGGACCAGGGGCCCCCCAACAAGAAACCUCGGAUCGGGCCCUCUGGGGCCUCCUCAGGCACUGGUCUGCUACAGUCAGAGUACCAGCACUCCGGCUCCCGCCUUGGUUACCAAAGCACCGUCCAAGGUUCCGCUCAGCCCCAGAGCACCAUGGGAUACUCGUCGUCAUCCCAGCAGAGCUCCCAGUACUCCCACCAGACCCACCGCUAUUGAGGCUGAACCAGCAGAUGAGUGGCCUCCUCCUCCGAUCUGCGUGCCAUGGCAUCGCUCCCACAUCCUGGUUGGACCUUUCUCCGUGCAUUACGUCAUUCCAACGCAACCACCACCCCCCCCCCC